CUUUAAAAUGACAAUAGGGGAUUACGAGGUGGUCCUGAACGCAGCAUUUGACUGGCAUUCCUGCAGUCUAAUCCAGAGUGAGCCGCGACAUGUACCGUCCGUCUUUUCCAUUUGAUUAAUAAAAAGACCACAGAUAUUGUUUUUUGUUCGCUCUUCUCUUAAAGCCGUUUUUGGAACCGUCGGGUUGUUGGUUUCUCAUUCGGAGCUCGUCCGGACUUCGCAGACGUGACGUUGGGACAAUGGAAUCUAACAUGAUCCCGGACAGUAUCCGCCCUCCGCGGCUGCAGCCAGGCAUCGGAUUCGGUUCAGCACCAACCGGGACCCUCCGUUUCUCUCUGCGGCCCGGGGUUACCGUCCCCAUCGCUCCCCUGCUGCCGUCCCCGGCCUCCCUGUGCGCCUCCUCCGGGCCUCCCCCUCCUCCGCCGCCGCUGCAGCUCCACAGCCUGUACGGAGGCGCGGCGGGGCUCGGACCGGGGACCGCCGGGAACCCGGCAGUGCUGAAGGAGGCGGUGGAGGCGGUAGUCCGCAGCUUCGCCAAACACACGCAGGGCUACGGCAGAGUAAACGUUGUGGAAGCUUUGCAGGAGUUUUGGCAGAUGAAGUUGACUCGAGGGGCCGACCUGCGGAACGGAGCUCUGGUUGUCUAUGAAAUGGUCCCAUCCAAUAGCCCUCCAUAUGUUUGUUAUGUUAGCCUUCCAGGAGGAAGCUGCUUUGGAAGUUUCCAGUUUUGUCCCACCAAAGCGGAGGCGAGACGCAGCGCUGCCAAAAUUGCACUUAUGAACUCUGUUUUCAAUGAGCAUCCCUCUCGUCGCAUCACAGAUGACUUCAUAGAGAAAAGCGUGAGUGAGGCUUUGGCCUCCUUCAAUGGAAACAGAGAGGAAGCUGACAAUCCCAACACAGGAAUUGGAGCGUUUCGCUUUAUGCUUGAAUCCAACAAAGGAAAGUCCAUGCUGGAGUUUCAGGAGCUGAUGACUGUGUUCCAGCUCCUGCACUGGAAUGGAAGCCUAAAGGCCAUGCGAGAACGACAGUGUUCCCGACAGGAAGUGCUGGCUCACUAUUCCCAUCGGGCUCUGGAUGACGACAUGCGCACUCAAAUGGCUGCCGACUGGGUGAAUCGGGAGCAGAGCGUCGCCAACACUGUCGCCCAGGAGCUGGCGUCCACUGAGCGAGAACUGGAGGAAGCCAGGCUGGCGGGCAGAGAACUACGCUUUUAUAAGGAGAAGAAAGACAUCCUGAUGUUAGCGGUGGGUCAGCUCAGUGCCGCCAACACGGCCACUCUGCCCUCGCACUAAACCUGAAGUCCGGCGUGGAAAGAGGCCUUCGGUCUCCAUAAGAGUCCUGGUAACAGUAUUGAACACUUCUUAUGUGUGUCAGCUUUGAGGGUUUGUCUCUUGUGUAAGGUCAUAAGGAGCAGGUUAAUCUGUUGCAUACGCCUCCAUCCAUAAAACAAGCACAUGCCGCUUUAGCCAUUACCUCUUUGUGCCUAGGAAUUACAGGAAAACAGCGCUUUCUUCGAACACCUGUAGGUGCACUUGGCAUACCGGCUGCCUGAGAAUUACUUUUUUUUUUAACCAAACAGAUUUUUAGGAAUAUUUUUUGCAGAAAUAUCAACAGCAAAUGCCAUACAGUAAAUUAAAGUAAGGCGUGUUUACCGUUUCAAAAAUAAAAUAAAUAAAUAAAAAAU